AUGGGUAAACCUUUCUCUCCGCUGGAGAUUCCUCCACUUUCCGAUUUCCCAGCGAAGCCGGAGGAUCUCGACCAUCCGCCGCCGCCCUUGCCUCUUUUCGAUUUCACCCGUCUUCCUAAUCCACCUGACGACUGGUCGCAUUUCAAUCUCAAGUUCAAAACGAUUGCAGGGGGUCAUAGUCGUGCCUUGAGGCUCCCGCAGGUGCAAGUGUUGUUGAAGCAUUACUUCUGGGGAAUCCAUUAUGAAGAAUCGCACCUCACCUCCCAGACAUUGAGAAAGCAGCCAACUCUCAAGUCCCAGCAGAUGAUUCUGUUCAAGCUCAUCUACUACAUGCAAGAACGCCAUCGUCCGAAGACUUGGUUCGAAAUGCUCAAUGUUAACCGGGAUAGUGGGCCACGACUCUUGAAAUACGAUCUCGAUCCGCGCCCAAAGCCACUCAGUAGGUGGUACAAUACUGCUCCGGAUGUGAGCACACAUAUCAUGAAUGCGUAUAUACGCCCUUUGGACGCGCCACCAGACAUGCCCGACUACCUUGUUCAACAAUAUAUGUACUCAGUUGACAGCUUGUAUACACCACCCCCACCUCCACCACCUCCGGCGCCAACAGUCCAGGUGCAGGAAGAAGAAAUCCUUCGCAUGCAUCUCCUACAACACCUGAACCCAGGAGUUGAAUACACACCGGCCUUCUCAUUGACCGAUCCGCCGGGUACGAAGUUACCGGGCCCUGCACCAGGCCAAAAACGGGAUGCAGAUGAAAAUAAGGAAUCGCGUAGCAAGCGCGCGAGACAAAUUUCACCCGGUGCUCCUGCUUACCGAGGUCGCCCUCGUCCUCCUACCCCGCCGUUUCAAGAACCCGUCUUUGCGGCUGAGGAUAUCACAACUUUCACCUGGACGCCUAGUCUGGCACCUUCCUCUAAAGUGGCACCGAUGGGAGUGCACCGACUUAGCCCCAUUAUUCCGAAACCCCCACGCCCGGCUGACCUUCGAAAAACUACAGACGCCAUAGAACGAGCUAUAAUGCAGAUCGUGUAUGCUGACUUGGACCGUGAUCCCAGCAUACCGUCUACUGAAAAGCCCGUUUGCCUCCGAACCGCCCAGUCCUACAGGGAUCUGCUCUCGAUGAAACUUGGAGCCUUCCCCACCACGUCGACAGUAAAGUUGUCGCCAUUGACCUUCGAUUGGGAUCCAAAUGGCACUUCAUUCCCGGUCCGGGGCCGCGGCCCUAUCUGGGAUUCCAUGUCUUGUGCCACGGAUGCUGUUAUUGUAGCGGCGAUGCUACUCGAUGCUGGUUGUACCAAGAUAGAUCGCGCACACAAUCGGGCAGCUGAGUUCAAAACUCUUGAAAAGGCAUUCAUCGAAGCGACAAUGGCGAGCUGGGAGACUUUCGAUGAUAAGACUUCUAUAUUUGUGCGUGACGAGUGGCUCCGGAUGUUUAUCGAUAGCUCAAGUGGCCUGAAGAUGGGAGAACCGAUUCCUCCUUGGGCAGUAUGGUCAGUGGCCACAAGAAGCUUCGCUCAAUUCCGUUAUCACCACGUUGAACGAGUGACCCCUUGCCACUGUCAGUUCGCCGUUCCGUUCUACAACUCUCAUCAAGGGUCCUGCAUUUUACCUGGCUACCUACAGGGUGAUGAAAAAGGAGUAGACCUGCAAACGUUGAUCGAGCGAUGUUUCUACCCACGAAAGUCUUUCAAAUGUGAUAAGUGUGGUGAUCCAAUGGGAGUUACUGGAGAACGAAAGAUUGGUCAACUCCCGCUGCGUCUGGUGAUAACAUGUGAUCUCAAGACACGAAUUAAAAAUCACACGGAGAAUCUCAAGUUCAAUUACAUAGACUAUGCAGACAAGCAGCAGGUCGCACACUAUCGUUGGCUUGGCGGCAUCUAUAACAACGAAUCUCAUGCUCGUUUAUUCUGGACCGAUACGAAACGAGGCGAGAAAGAUGAUGGGAAUGUCAUGAUGUACGAUAGCCAAGUCAAUUCUGGGGUCAUUAUUGGUGGAAUUCCAGCAUUUCAACCGGAUGAAAAAGUACCCCCUGAAUGGUUUCACCGUAAUGCUAUUCCGCUCAUUUUCUAUGAGCGCAUCAUGAAUCCCACUCCCGACCUUUUGGCAAAGGCCAACAACGCGAUGCUUGAGCUGGGCAAUUACGUGAGCGAGGACAUGAACGUCCUUGAAGAACACAUCCCUUGGGAACGAUCAACUCCACCACGACAGCCGGAUCCAUGGCCUCGUGUACUUUCACACAACGGCGAACGUUUCACCAGUUUCAACCCCUGCUGGGCAACAACGAACCCACCCCCCAAACCAACCAUUGCGCCGCCUGCUGUGCCAGAUCCGCCAAGUUUCAUUGAUCCAGCGCUGUUGGAUCCAUUAGUCGUUGACCAAUCACUCCUUGAUCCAUCGAUUUUCUCCAACACCACACCUCCGGAAUUCGACUUGUCCUCAAUAUUUCCAGAGGCAGGGCUUGAUAACCCAUUAAGCACUGAACAAGAGGAACCUGAGGAUUACAACAAUAACCAUAUAUUCCAGUCAAUGCUGCAGAGUCCGCGCUGGCUCGGUCAGCAUCCUGAGAUGUGGCCUUCAGGUCUACCUGGUGAGGAAGGAGCUUUGGAUUUCCCACAGCUGUUUACAUCUCCCGACUCGCCGCAAUCGCCCCAACUGGGCAAUUGCAGAGGCACUGGAUGGGGAGAUGCUACCAUGCUAGAUGCAGAGGAGACCAUGUCUGGGAUUCUAAGUCGACACUUUGACAGUACGCACGGUAAUUUGCUCAAAAAGUCCGCGAUAGCCAACUAUGCUAUGGCGAAACAGAUUUUGGAUCCGAUACAGAAGCAGGCCCUACGUUCAGAGAAGACACAUGGGUUUAACCCAAGAAAGAGAUAUAGUGAUGCAGAGUCGGAGGAGUCGGGAGAGGGAAACGAGGAAGUCGGCCGAAAGCAGAUAGAGAGGCAGAGGAAACUGGACCAAGAUCGAAAGAUGAGAGAGGAAUGGAAAAAACAACAGCUUGAGCGCAAGAGAGAAGAACGGAAAAAGCAAAAGGAGCUCGAACUAAAGAAGAGAGCGGAGCGGGUAAGACAAAAGGAGCUCGAGAAGAAGAGAGAACAGGAAGAGCGAGAGGAAAGUAACGAAUUGCUAGAGAAAGACCCGAAAUGGACGAGAGAGGCAUACUAUAAACAGCAAAGACAACGGGAAGAACAUAAGAAGAAGUUAGAGGCGAUGCCGAAGGUAUCAAGAAGACAGGGGUUGAGGAAUUCGAGGAAGAAAGACGACGAUCCAACAUGGCAGCCUGGUGAUAGUGACGCAGAAGUCGAUGAAGCCGAUGAAGCCGAUGAAGCCGAUGAAGCCGAUGAAGCCGAUCUGUCUUGA